CUGAAUGUCCGAGGAAGGCGGCGGGUUGGGUCGUCUCGUCCUUCUCACGUGCUUCAUUUCGUUAUUAGGACAUCUGAUCCUCUCCAUAUUUAGGGGGAUGAGAACCUCCUUCUCAUUCCCCCCUUUUCCGGCUUUCCCGGGAUGACGAGUAGUUAAGGGGCUUCCGGAUCCGACCCGGUAAAUGCCCGGCCUCUUCAUCGCCCCGAAAACCUCGUUGCUCCUCCCCAGGAUAUUCCGAUGGUCUUUCUCAUUCUGUGCAUCCUCCUUAUUUGUGGGCUGCCAAGUCAUAGUUCUUUGAGUAUCAUGGCAGAUGAUUUGAAAAGGUUCCUGUAUAAAAAACUACCAAGUGUUGAAGGACUUCAUGCUAUUGUAGUAUCAGACAGAGAUGGUGUACCAGUAAUUAAGGUUGCCAAUGAUAACGCCCCUGAGCAUGCUCUUCGGCCCGGUUUCCUGUCAACAUUUGCACUUGCUACAGAUCAAGGCAGCAAACUUGGGCUUUCCAAAAACAAAAGCAUAAUCUGUUACUACAACACUUACCAGGUGGUUCAGUUCAAUAAACUUCCUUUGGUAGUGAGUUUUAUUGCCAGCAGCAACGCCAAUACAGGUCUGAUUGUAAGCCUGGAAAAAGAGCUGGCUCCUUUGUUUGAAGAGCUGUGGCAAGUGGUGGAAGUCUCUUAACUCAGUAUUUAUAUCCAGAGCACAGCAAGUCUUUAAUAUGAAACAGGGAAAGAUUCAGUCAUUUUCACACUGUAUAAUGAAUGUCUUGGAGAAAAUGUCACUUUCUCUUAUUAUAUGUUAAAAACUGUACUGGACUGAAAUAUAAGGUAAGAUUGGGAUAAAUGGGCUGUAGCUUUUCCUGUGUAUCUUAGGUUGCUGGGUGUAUUAGUGAGCAUAACAACUCCCAUGGAGUUAACUUCAUGCUAGCACAUAUUUGAUAGUAGAAAAAAUACUUUUUUGUAUAUAAUAUGCCAUCCACAACUUUUUCACUCUAGCAGCAAUAUGUUGCCUCUGCCUAGAUAAAUGGGGACUAGUGCAAACAUACAUUUUACAGUCAAAUCUUCCUUUAUGCUUAGAAGAACAUCAUUAUGGGGAAAACCUAUGUUAAUACUGAUAUGCAAUCAAUGGUUCUUUGGUUGGAUAACAGAAUUUUAAACUUCAAGGUAGCUAUUUGUAAACAAGUAAGCUACAUGCUAGUUGUUUUUGCAGAGUUCAAAUUAAUCAGUGCAUUUCUCUUUCUGUAUUCUUUGUAAAACUGAUGUUUUGAAUACAUGUAAUUAUGGUACUUUGCUGACCUAUCUGGCUUUGUAUGUUCCUAAGCAAAUCUGAAUAAAAGAAACAGGCAAGGUGUAUAGUCUAGUCUGAUCAUUAUCACAGAGAUAGAUAUUGCAAAGCAACAUUAUUGCUGUCUUUAAUCUCAGUAUGAUGAUUUAUAUAGUGUUCUUGCCUUGGAGUAAAAAAAAAAAGGCAGGGAAACCUAACUCAGAAUAUUUUUUAAAUGAGGGAAAGAAUUUUGAAAGUUGGAAAGUAUAAGAAUCAUAAUAUAUAAAAAGGAAUAUUCUAUAUAUGGAAAAAAGCCACUUUGACAGGACAUAUACGAUUGCACUCUUAACAAAUUGGCUUCAAGUAAAGAACAGAUCAGGCAUAUAGUGGAGUCUAGACCAGAGCAUUGUUUAACAAUCAUGGCAGCUUUCAGAUGUGUAAACUUCAGCUCCCAGAAUUCCCUAGCCAGGUGGCCAUUGCUUAGAAAUCCAGAAUUUGAAACGUACACACCUGAAGAUUGCCAAAAUUGAGAAUAGAAUAGAAUAGAAUUUUUUAUUGGCCAAGUGUGAUUGGACACACAAGGAAUUUGUCUUUGGUGCAUAUGCUCUCAUUGUACAUAAAAGAAAAGAUAUGUUCAUCAAGGUGCAAUAUUUACAACACAAAUGAUGGUCAAUAUAUCAAUAUAAAUCAUAAGGAUUGCCAGCAACAAAGUUACAGUCAUAAGUGGAAAGAGAUUGGUGAUGGGAACAAGUAGCUGAUGUCCAAGAUCCAUUCUAACUCUUACAUUUUAUGAUUUGGAAGUUGUUGCAUUUGAGAAACAUUGAGCCAGGAGAGUAUACAAGUACUUUCCCCCCCACAAAAUCCAGUAUUGGAAAUCUCAUUUAAAUUAAGAGCAGUACCCCAACCCUAGCCUCAGAGCCCUCAUUGAGAAAGGAAGAGUAGUUAUGUAAAGCUUGAAAGUAUUUGUAUCAUCACGAUUGUCUUAUCCACUGCACAGCUCAAAUUGUAUUUUCUUUUUGUUCCUGGUUUAUUAGAAAUUUUAUAAUAAAAAUAUAAAAUAUGAUACAACUGUU